AUGGCUGAUGAAAAGCCCAAGGAAAGAAUCAAGACGGAGAACAAUGAUUGUAUUAAUUUGAAGGUGGCAGGGCAGGAUGGUUCCAUGGUACAGUUUAAUAUUAAGAGGCAUACACCAUUUAGUAAACUAAUGAAAGCCUACUGUGAACGACAGGACACACCUGCACAGUUGGAAGUGGAGGAUGAAGAUGCAAUUGAUGUGUUCCAACAGCAGACAGGAGGUGUCUACUAAAGAGGGAACCUGCUACUUUACUCCAGAAUUCUGUUCCUCCAGACCAAGAAGACAUUCUCAAUUCAAAAACUGCAAUUUGGUUCCACCACAUCCUGACUAUUACAGUAUAGUUUCUCUAUUCUUUCAUUUUCCCCUUCCCCAUUCCUUUAUCAUACAUUAAGUAACUGGUGUAUGUGCACAAGCAUAUUGCAUUUUUUUUAAACUAAAUGGCCAAUGGUAUGUUUUGAUCAACAUCAAAUGGAGAUGGGAUGGGGAAAAAUACUGGUUCUGUGAAAAUACCCCCUUUUCUCCAUUAGUAGCAUGCUCAUUCAGCUCUUAUCUUUAUAUUCCAGUAAGUUAUUUUGCUCUCACUAUUUAACAAAAAAAGAACAACAUAAAAACUCUUACAUACCUUGUUCGAUUGGAGAAUUUUAAUGUUUUUCAUGUACCAUUGUAAAACCAAGGACAAUUUUAUAACUUUUUUGUACGUAGCUGUUACAUGUAAGGCAACUUGUCUUUAAGUAGGGAUAAAUUACUCUAAAAGAAAUGAAUCCUAGAUAGUUUUCCCUUCAAGUCAAGCAUCUUGUUGUUUAAAUAAACUUG